AUGGCACGAUGGAAUUAUGAUGACGCCAUACUUUGCAGAUACUUUCCCUCGAUUCUAAAAGGGUCAGCGUUGUCUUGGUUUGACAAUUUACCACCGAGUUCCAUUGAUUCUUACGACCAGCUCACCGAGAAAUUCUUGGCAACCUACAUGUAUAACAAGGUCGUCAACACCGGAAUGGAUAAGCUCUUCUCGCUUGCAAUUAAGAUGAGUCCCCUAUUUGUCGAGAUACACGGCAUCAUCCCUGCUACCGAAGGAGAUCUUCGUGUAAUCAUAGAAAAACAUGCAAGGUUAGAGAAGAUCCAACGAGAGAAUCCCAAAGAUCAUACUCAGCAUCCCUCACACACGAAUUCUGUAGAACAAGGUAGAGGGUCCAAAAGAGGCAACUCAGAUGAACGACCCAGCGAGGACAGAAGAGAACGAAGAGAUGAUCUACGAAGGGAUGACCGAAAAUUCGAAGACCAGGUCUACACGAAGAUAAAUACCAUCUAUUCACGCAUCCUGAAGGAAAUCAAGGGUCGGGAAAACCUCGAUUGGCCAUGGUCCAAGGGAAAGCAGCCCCCAAGAUCAGAAAAGUCGAGAGAAUACUGUGAAUAUCAUUGUUUUAAUGGUCACCAAACAGAGAAAUGCAAGAAUUUCAAGAUAAUGAUUCAAAAGUUGAUUGACGCAGGAGAUCUUAAACAGUACGUACAAAGGACUAGCACCGAAGACAAGGCUAAACGAAGCAAGCAGGUUCAACUACCUGAAGGAAACCACACCCUUAACACCAUCUCAUGUUCUGAGACCACGGGGCCAUCCCUAACUGCCCAGAUAGGUAAAAGAUUGAGAAAGCAGUUUGAAGACUAUUGUGAGUUGUACAAAAUCGACGGGGAAGAAGUGGAUGAACACGAACAAUGGAUGGACGCACCAAUGGUUUUCGACGCGGACGACGUUGAAGAAGAUAUGUAG